AUGAGACUCAUCGCCUCGCUCGUUGUUAUCGCAGGAAUUGUCGACCUGGUAUUUAGCCGAGCGACUAUACAGAAUAUCGGAGUCGAAGACGAAGAUGUCGUACCAAACAGCUACAUCAUAACAUACAAGUCAAGUGCAACAUCUAACGAUAAGAAGAAGCAUGAAGAAGCUAUUACGAAGAAGGCCAGAAGAAAGGGAAAAGAGGGUGUUGUUAAUAACAUCAAGCUUGAUGGUUUCCAAGGCUAUGUCGCCAAGAUGACAUCCUCAGAGCUUAAGGAUGUCGUUAACUCUGACCUGGUUGCCUAUAUCGAAAAGGAUGUCAUAUACAAUCUCACUGCCGUUGCUGCUCCAUCCUCCAAACCACUUACGAAACGAGGGUUUACCAGACAACUUGACCCUCAAUGGGGCCUCGCACGCAUCUCCCAACGCACUAAAGGAAGUCUAGAUGCCCAGUACUACUAUGACACUACCGCAGGCAACGGCACGAAUGUGUAUGUGCUUGACACGGGUAUUCGAAUCACCCACAAAGAGUUCUCAGGCCGUGCCAUUUGGGGAGCCAAUUUCAUCCGUGGCUCUCCUGACAGGGACGAGAACGGGCAUGGCACGCAUGUUGCUGGUACUGUUGGAGGGAAGACGUACGGAGUGGCUAAGAAUUGUAAGCUGAUUGCUGUCAAGGUGGGAAAUAAGGAUGGUCUCAGCAGUCUGUCGGUUGGACUCCAGAGUAUACAGUGGGCUGUUAACCACGCAAAGUCCCGAGGUCUUGCCAAGAAGAGCGUUAUCAACAUCUCGUUUGGUGGCGGCUACAGUGCUGCUGCUAAUGAGGCUGUCAAGGCUGCAACUGAUGCCGGUCUCACUGUUGUCGUCUCAGCUGGUAAUGAAGCUGAUGACGCCUCUUUCUGGUCACCAGGAUCUGCUGCAUCUGCUAUUACUGUCGGUGCUUCUGAUGCCUUUGACUGGCGAGCUCCCUUCUCAAACUUUGGAACUUCGGUGGAUAUAUUCGCGCCUGGUGUCGGCAUCCUCAGCUCAUGGCACCUGAGCGACUCUAGCAGUCGAUACCUCUCUGGCACGAGUAUGUCUGCGCCACAUGUCGCUGGCCUCGCAGCCUAUUUCAUUUCCAAGGAGGGAAUUCAAGGUUCCGCUGCUGUUACGAAACGCAUCCUCGGUGCCUCUCUUGCUGGUUAUAUUAUAGACGCCGGUGGUAGUAACAAUCGUCUGGCUUAUAAUGCCAAUGGCAUGUAG